AGACACCAAGGAGAGAAGAUGGUUCCUAUUGGGAGCCUCAUUGUCUUCUGUGGGUUGCUGGCCCAGACCACAGCCCUGCUGCAAACCCCACCCCUGACCCUGGACCAGACCCUGCCCUUGGCUCUGACUCCGGACCUGGCCUCAAGUCCCACAGAUCUUGCUGGAACAUUGAUGAGUACUCUCAGCAAUGGCCUGCUCUCUGGGAAUCUGUUGGGUACUCUCAAAAACCUUCCCCUAUCGGACAUCCUGAAGACUAAAGGAGGCACUUCUGGUGGCCUGAUUGGCGGCCUUCUUGGGAGAGUGACUUCAGGGAUUUCUUCCCUGGGCAUCAUUGAUCUAGAGAUCACUAAUCCCCAGCUGCUGGAACUUGGCUUUGUGCCGAGCCCUGAUGGCCAUCGUCUCUACGUCAACAUCCCUCUGGCCUUUGACCUCAAUGUGAAAACGCUCCUGCUCGGAGGAAGUCUAUUAAAGCUGGAUUUGCAGCUAAACAUCACUGCAGAAAUCUUAGCUGUGAGAAAUAAACAGGGGGAGAUCCACUUGGUUCUUGGCGACUGCACUCACUCCCCUGGCAGCCUGGAAAUCUCCCUGCUUAAUGGAGUCGGCUCCCUCCCCAUUCAUAACCUUAUUGGUAACCUCAGAGGGAUCUUGACUAAAGUCCUUCCUAUGCUGGUGCAGAAAAAUGUGUGCCCUUUGGUCAAUGACAUUCUCAAGAACUUGGACAUGACUCUGGUGCAUGACUUAGUCGGUGAGUACCUGCUUCGAGCCCUCUCUCCCCCUCUGUAG